AGCGGAUCGCAAAGGAUUGCUUUGAAAUAAAAAAUAAAUAAGAGAAAAAGCUCGUUGGACAGAUUAGAUACAGAAUUUAUCAGAAUUAUCCACAUUCACGUUGUUUCUUGUUAGUUUCCAUUAGUUUUUACGAAAUAUUCUGUAAUGGGCUGGUUAACGAAGGGGGCGUACAGUGAUCGCGAUAUUAUGUAUUAGGAACCAUUCUAAUCAUGCAUGUCACAGUUAGUGCAUGCGUGACAACAGAUGGUAAUAAAUGUUUAUCUCGUUUUAUAUAGCUCUUAAGAGCAAGGAGGAUCAGGAAAGUUACUUCAGUUAACUCGUUUCGUUUAAUCUGAAAUAUAAAAAUGACUACGAAUAAAGAAAUUUCGACGUCGUAUAAGGACAGUCUCGCAGUCUCCGACGAUGAGAAGAAAACGAUCAAGAGUGAGAAGAAAAAAGAAAAAUCAACGAAUAGACCGAAAUGUAGACUGGACGCGAAUGGCCGAUUAAAUCUGAAAGAUAUUUUAAUAUCUUUCAAUGGACCGGUUAGUCAGGAACAAGCUUGGGCACUAUGCUAUCAAACGGCCAAGAGUUUCUCACGUUUACCAGACAACAAUUUUUAUGAACUCUUAGAAUUAUCACAGAUCGUCCUUCACAAGGAUGGCGAUGUUUGGCUCGGCAAUCUAAUCGAAUCAAGGCAACCCCGGGUUACCGAGCAAAAGGCAAUGUUCUCAUUAGGAAUGAUGAUCUUCAAAGCGCUUGAUUUCGGCCUAGACGAUCAAGAAGAGAGGCCUUUGUCGCCGGACCUAGAAGCUCUCAUAACUUUAAUGACUAGACCGGAUCAAGAAUGUGGGGAAACGGAAGAACGUCCGCAGGAAACGGACGAUGAAGGCAUCGAGCGGGACUCCAGUGAUGCCGAUGUAGAUGAAUAUUUAUCACAAAAGAGUAACGAUACAUAUGAAGAAAGGCCUUUAAUGUAUUCAUUAAAAAAUGUAAUGCACUUAUGCACCAGGCAUAUGCAAACUUCAAUUGAAUCUGCUGAAGCUCAUUACAAGGCUGUAAUAAGGGCAUUUGUAACCGAAGCUUUGGAACUAUCACAAUUUCUGGAUACAGUGGCAGCUGAAAAACUACAAGCAAGUCAAAGGGAGAUUGCUGGUAGUGACAACAAUAAGCAAAACUCAAUGUCUGUUCAAAAUCUUGACACGUUAGAUUUCAUUGAUUGGACUGACAUUAGGAUUUGGAGGGCUAUACAAGCAAGAUUUUGGGUACAAGUUAUUCAAGAGUUAAGGAAAGGAGUAAAAUUGAAAAAAGUUGAAGCCAAUUUGGGUUCGUCGAAAAAUACUAGCCGUGGUCGUGGAAAAGGAGCAGAAUUUGAAUUAACGCCGUAUGAAAUCUUGAUGGAUGACAUUCGAGAAAGAAGAUAUCGUUUGAGAAAAACACCAUCGCCAACUCCCCAUUUGCGAAAGGAUGCGCAUGCCGUUAUUCUCGAAUUUAUUCGCAGUAGACCUCCAUUGAAAAAGGCUUCGGAGAGACAAUUACCACCCCUUCAAAAAGAAUGGACUCUACGGGAAUUACUCAUGGAAAGCAUUAAAAAACCACCGAAUUUAAGGUCUUCCCGCAAUAGAUACGUUCCUAAGAAUGAAAGAACAUCCCCCCAAAGUGAUUACAUUCAAAGUACUGGUGCCAAAGAAAAUGAAUCGCCUACAGGACCAAAACCUCCACGGAGGGAGGUGGAUCACUCAAAUUCUUCGACAAGCAGAAGAAAAAUAAUACCUGUGGAUUUUGAUUUAAAGCUCGAUGCCGAAGACGAGGAUGACGACGAAGAUUACAAUGAUGAGCUAGCAGUAACGAGAUUUGAAGAGGAGGACGAAACAUCGCAUUAUUGGCAAUUGAAAGAGGACUAUUCGUUUGUAGAUAGGGGUAGCGCUCGACAUAGGCAUAAAGAUCACAGGGACGACGACGAAGCAGGUUCUGCAAAUCCCUGGCGAAAAACGGGUGGGCUGCGACUUACGAGAAACGAGUAUCAUCGAUUUUGCGAUGCGCAACUCGAAUCUUAUGAUCUCGCAACGCAGUGUCCAUCUAGAAGAGCGUCAGCUCGAAAACACGCGGCUAGACGUAGUAUAGCUCUGACAGCGCUAACGGGAACUACUUCUCUUCCUCAUUCGAGACCGCAGAGUCGUCAACAUAUAGGUGUAACAGAGUCGACAGUGAGCCAGGGUCCGAGUCCUAAUAUCAGUUUAAAUCCUAGUCCCAGUUUGAGUCCCCAGCCAAGAGCGAGACAACCUCGACGGUCACAAACCAUUGCAGAAGGUACAAAAGAUUCAGAAGAUCAAAACGAAGACUGGCAAGAUGACAAAGGACAGAAACCUACGUUAGGUGACAUGUUCCUGGAUGAAAGACUUUCCCUAACUCUUGAGGAAAUUGUUCAUAUACGUAGUGUUCUUACCAAAGCCGAAUUGGAAUCUCUACCCGUUGAAGGUCGCGUGAAGGAAGAUGUAGAGAAGAGACGGGUCUGUUUUCUUUGUUUAAAGACUAGAUUCGGAUUGUUAGGACCUUGGGGACAACGUUGUCGUUUGUGCGAAAGAACUGUCUGUGUAAAAUGUUAUUCGAAAAUGCGAAUUCCUACGGAGCAUUUCGCCCACGUUCCAGUAGUUUUACUAUCACCUGGUCUUCUUCUUUCUCCAUCAUCCUCGGAACCGGAUACUAGCAAAAGUUCAUGGCUCAGAGGUAACGGGGCAGCUGGAUCUGCACCGGCAUCACCAGCCUCUAGACGCAAAGAUUCGUCUCUGAAAAGCGCGACGCCAUCAUCAACGCCAACUACAACACCCGUUUUGAUACUAACACCGACUUCUACACCGCCUUCGCACGCGCGUCGUGAAAUGGAAAAUCAAGAGAAAAGAAGCUACAAAGGCAGUGGUAGUCCAGCGAAUGUGUCAUCACCAAAAGCAUUCUCCGGUUUUACUCACCAAACCACAGAACAACGACUGGCUGCUGAACGAUUACGUGGCGUAUCUAUGGUUGUCUGUCACGAUUGUCGCAUAAUGGUUAUACAAAUAAUUAAGAGUUCAAGAACCACACGGGCUACGAUACGCAACAAUGUUAUAUCACGACUUACUUUGAACCUCUCGCCAGCCUACGUUUAAAUUCUUCAAAAACGAAGUUCCGCGCACGAGAUUUCUAUUUGGAAAAAAAAAAAAAAAAUGAGGCAUCUUGUUUUUAAUU